GGUUCUAUGUCUGUUUUGAUGUGUUCCGCAAGUUAUGGCCAAUGUGGUGUCGACCCAUAUUUGGUAUUGAUGGGUGUUUUCUCAAGUCUACAUUUAAAGGGCAAUUGUUGGCUGCUGUUGGAAGGGACGCCAAUAAUGGCUUGUACCCCAUAGCUUGGGCUGUUGUAGAUGUUGAGGAUGAGGAGAACUGGACAUGGUUCUUAAGUCAUUUGAAAGAUGAUUUUCAUCUGCAAGAGGGUCAAGGAUUCACAGUCAUUUCUGAUAGACAAAAGGGCUUGUUAAAUGCAGUAAACAGGGUGUUGCCUUAUGUUGAACAUAGGAUGUGUGCUAGGCAUAUCUAUGGUAACUUGAAGGGUGAUUUCCCUAAUCAAAAUGAAGUGAAGACUCUGUUUUGGCGUCUGGCAGAAAGCUAUACGGUGGCUGAAUAUGAAGCAAACUUGCAAAAUGCAAGAAACUAUGAUAUCCGAUUAUAUGAUGCCAUUAUGCAGAGAAAUCCCAGGAAUUGCAGUUUAGCUUUCUGUUCACCUACAGCCAAAUGUGUUGAUGUUCACAACAACAUAUCAGAGUCGUUCAACAAUGCCAUCGAUCCAGCAAGGUACGUACCAAUGGUUGAGAUGUUGGAGACUAUUAGGAGAAGAACCAUGGUGCGUAUUGAUUUGAGGAAGACUGCGGCCAGUCAGUAUACAGGUCGAAUCACUGAGAGGGCAAAAGAGAUCUUAGAAGAAGAAGCUAAGUACAUUAAGUAUUGCUCAUUUGUCCCAGGUGCAGACGGUAGAUAUGAUGUUCGUGAGUCUGGUAUAAAUCACAGUGUGAAUCUUAGGCUGAGGACAUGUGUUUGUAGAAGAUGGGAUAUGAGUGGAAUUCCUUGUCGCCAUGCUCUACGUGUGAUCACCGAGAAGAAGCUUAAUCGUGAAGAUUACAUUAGCGACUGGUAUUUGAACUCGAGGCAGUUAUGUAUUUAUAGUGAUUCGAUUGCACCAGUUAAUGGUAUGUUGUUCUGGCAUAGAACUGGUUCUGUUGUGGUGCCACCUGCUGCUUUAGUUGAACAGAUUGAAAACAGGAAAGGUAAGAAACCAAAGCUGAAGAGGAAGAAAGCAAGGCAUGAGUCUCCUACAAAAAAGAAGAAGAAGCUUAGUAGAGAGAAUAGGAUCAUGCAUUGUAGUCUAUGUGAUUACCCUGGACACAACAAAUUAAGGUGUCCUAAUGCUGGAGUGGAGAGAUACAAACCACCAAGGAAACCAAGGAAGAAGAAGCAGUCAUCAAAUGCAACUCAAGGAGCUGAAGGAAGUCAAGUAAGUCAAGAAGCUCAAGGAAGUCAAGUAAGUCAAGAAGCUCAAGGAAGUCAAGCAACACAAGACUAA